AUGGAAGAGAAAAAUGGGGAUGACGAAGAUUGUGAUGACACUCCCUCCAUGACCACCGUUUCUCGGCACUGUUUCGGCGAUGAUUCUGAAACUCCAUCCUUCUGCAUCUCCAUCAUCGAGAACAUGAAGGAAGACUAUGGCCUAUUCGUCUGGCCCUGCAGCGUAGUUCUCGCCGAGUACGUGUGGCAGCAGAAGCAUCGGUUUUCAGGAGCCACUGUUGUUGAGCUUGGUGCUGGAACUUCCUUGCCUGGCUUGGUUGCUGCAAAACUUGGUGCUCGUGUCACUCUUACGGAUAACUCCACCAGAUUAGAGGUGCUUGACAACAUGAGAAGAGUUUGUGACUUGAACAAACUUGAGUGCAAUGUGUUGGGAUUGACAUGGGGUGUUUGGGAUUUACCCAUAUUCAGUUUACAGCCGACAAUUAUUCUAGGGGCCGAUGUGUUGUAUGAUUCAAAUGCCUUUGAUGAUCUCUUUGCGACUGUGGCAUUCCUGCUUCAAAAUUCUCCCGGGUCAAUUUUUGUAACGUCAUACCAUAAUCGAAGUGGGCAUCACCUUAUUGAGUUUUUGAUGGGAAAAUGGGGCUUAAAGUGUCUGAAGCUUCUUGACGGGUUUUCCUUCCUUCCAUCUGACAAAGCAUCAGUAUUAAGUGGUAACAUUCAAUUGGCAGAGAUAACUCUGAUCUCAAGAUAA